AUGCGACCGAAUCAAAGCAGCAACGGAGCUGCCAAAAGCUCUUCCGAGCAAUCAGAUAGUCUCCAUGGAGAUAAUACUGCGCCCUCUUCCCACCUGCAGGUUGCCGAUAAACCGUCCAAGUCCGCUUUCUUGACUCGCAUGGAGAAUUUAUCCACACAUGUCCCAAAUAUUUGGAUCGCUCCCUUCUGCGGUGGUGCUGCAGGUGUAGCCUCUGGGAUUGUGACCUGCCCUCUCGAUGUUAUCAAAACCAAGCUGCAGGCCCAGGGUGGGUUUGCACGGCGAAGUGGACCAGCUAUGGAGACAAAGACGCUGUACCGAGGCAUGCUUGGAACAGGAAGAGUGAUAAUACGGGAAGAUGGUCUUCGAGGCCUUUAUCAGGGACUUGGUCCAAUGUUGAUGGGAUAUCUCCCUACUUGGGCUGUCUAUCUUGCUAUUUAUGACCGAACUCGCGAAUAUUUCUACGAGCAGACCGACAGCUGGUGGCUAUCCCGUGGAUAUGCUUCGGUCACUGCCGGUGCUUGCUCAACGAUUGUGACGAAUCCCAUUUGGGUUAUUAAAACAAGACUCAUGUCGCAGAGUCUCAAACAAAAUCACGAAGGUGCCCGAGCUCCAUGGCAAUACUCAGGGACAAUAGACGCAGCUCGCAAGAUGUACCAAGUGGAAGGAUUGCGCUCAUUUUACUCCGGACUAACACCUGCUCUUCUGGGCCUCAGUCAUGUGGCCAUUCAAUUCCCUCUUUAUGAAUACCUGAAGAUGGCAUUUACUGGCUAUGGAAUUGGAGAACAUCCAGACACCGGGAGCUCCCACUGGAUUGGAAUUUCACUCGCUACAUUUCUCAGCAAAGUGUGUGCAAGCACUAUCACAUAUCCUCACGAAGUCCUCCGAACUCGACUACAAACACAGCAACGUACUGCACCGGCCCAAUCACACGAAGAAAUUGUCUUCCGCGGUGGCCUGAAUCACCCACAUGAUCGAGGCCGACCCCUAGCAUCAUCAUCCGAUGGGAUGCCUCUUCGCCCUCGUUACUCCGGAAUGUUACGCACGUGUCAGACCAUUUUACGAGAGGAAGGUUGGCGUGCGUUUUAUUCCGGAAUUGGUACCAACCUAUUCCGAGCCGUCCCGGCUGCCAUGACGACAAUGCUCACUUACGAGUACCUCAGGAAGGUCAUCCACACCUUCCAACAUGAGGGUGAGAUGAACCUUGCAAUGGCAAAGGAGGCCGACGCUUCCAGCAUGAUUUGA